GACAUCUAGAAGAGUGGUUGGUUAUGGAACGGGAUUACAUGGGUUCUUUGGUAGGAGCUGCUGAAGCGUUGAAAGGCAGCACGCUUUGUCUACCUGUUGAUUGCGGGGCAAUGGUAAACGUACAAAGUGUUAAGGAUGCCAUUUGCUCAGCAGUUGAUGUUAUGCAGGCAAUGGCAUCUUCCAUAUGCUUGUUGCUGCCAAAGGUUGGGAAGAUAAGCAGCUUGGCAGCAGAACUUGGCAGUGUAAGUGUCAAGGAGGAAAGGAUGCUCGACGUGUGCCGGGACCUCCUAAACACAAUCUCAGCUCUGCAGGUAACGGAAUGCAGUUUGAAGACACAGAUUACACAGCUAAAAUAGUAAAAGUGACAAAAGUUAACUGAAUGUAAGUACGAAAGCCACUCAAUAUGGUCAAUUUUUUGGAGUUAUGAGAAUGUUAGGAGAUCAUCUGAUUCAAAUAGAGAGACCAUUUCAGUUUGAUAGUUUAACUUUAACAACAAGAAGUCUGGUUGUAAAUAUACAAGUCGUGGUUUAAAUCAAAUUUAAUUUGCUGUU